UCUUCACUUUCUCUUUCAUUCUCAUUUUCAUUUCAUUUUUCUGUCGAGCCAAACAAAUCCAUGGACGAAGAGAAAAAGAAACCUCAUGAGUCUUCAACCGUUUCUGCCAAAGACGGUGAAGCCCCCAGAACGGAGUCGCCCAAGGUCGAGAAAAAGGAAAAUGAGAGCGCGACUGCAGAGGGGAAGACACAAAAAAAUGAGGGAGAUCAGGUCAAAGAGAUCGAAGGCACCAAACAAGAAAAUGAAGAAGCUGUUCCUCCUGAGAUUCAAUCUUCUCUUGAAACAGCUUUGGAAGAAAUCGAUAAGUUUCUCUCAACAUUGCGAGCAAAAAAUAAUGAAGAGAAUGUUAAAGCCUCGCUGGAGGUCCCGGAGACGGUAAUUGGGAAAUUCUUGGAUCUUUUUGAGGAGCAACUCACCAAGCAUGGCUCAGCAGUUGAAGGGAAAGAGAAAGGAUCUCUGGAUCCAGAAGAUGUUACGUUGCUUCUGAACGCUGUGAAUCGAGUUUCAAAGCUGGCAGCGUCCGUUGCCGAGAUGAAAUCGGAUGCUGAUAAAAAACAAUGCGUUUUGAUCAACCGAAUCGGCGCCAUUAAGCAGCGUGCAAUGUGUAUCUUGGAGGAUGAAUUCAGGUCGAUUCUUGAAUACGUUCCUGAUCUACCAGAUCCAAAAACUGAAUCCAAAGAGACUGAAUCUAAAGAGACUGAAGAAUUCGCUCCCGCUGAGGAAGAUUUCACGAAUUAUUCAGGCCACACGCCAGAAAUGUUGUCCAGCUUGAAUAAAAUCGCCCGUGAAAUGAUCUCUGGCGAGUAUGAAUCUGAAUGCGUUCAUAUUUACAUGAUGAUAAGAAGAAUAAUGUUUGAUGAUACCUUGAACCACACAGGUUUUGAAAAAUUCAGCUUCGAUGAUGUACAAAAGAUGAGUUGGGAAAGCUUAGAGAGAGAAAUCGCUACCUGGAUCUCCGCCUUGGCCGGAUGUACCAUAAUGUACUUCCCCGGCGAGAAAAAGCUAGCUGAGUCGGUUUUUACGGAUUAUCCGAUGAUCUCGUCUAGCAUCUUCAUCAAUCUCACACGCGGCGUGACGAUUCAGUUACUCUAUUUUGCCGAAGCUAUGGCGAUGACCAAACGGUCGGCCGAAAAAUUGUUUAAGGUUCUUGACAUGUACGAAACUUUACGAGAUAAUAUGGUAGCUAUCCAGGAGCUGUGUCCCGGUGAAUGUUCGAACGAGGUGAAGACGGAGAUGGCAACCGCUAGAAUGAGGCUCGGAGAGGCCGCGAUUUCUAUGCUUUCUGAUCUCGAGAAUUCGAUCAAAUCCGAUACAGCGAAGACCACCGUGCCCGGCGGUGCGGUUCACCCUUUGACUCGCUACACGAUGAAUUAUUUAAAGUACACGUGUGAGUAUAAGAGCACGUUAGAGGAAGUUUUUAAAGAGCAUUGGAAGAUUGAAAGAAGCGACUCUAGAAUGACUGAUUAUGAAGCCGGCGAGGUGGAUCAGAAUAGUGUAAACAGUAGUAGCAAUAACGAUGAGGAAAAUCAACGGUCGCCAUUUACGAAUCAGUUGGUGAGAGUGAUGGAUUUGUUGGACAGUAAUCUGGAGGGGAAAGCGAAGCUGUAUAGGGACAUACCCUUGAGCAGCAUUUUCUUGAUGAACAACGGACGCUACAUCUUGCAGAAGAUCAAAGGGUCAUCGGAGAUCCACGUGGCAAUGGGGGACACGUGGUGCCGCAAGAAAUCAACCGAUCUAAGAAACUACCAUAAAAAUUACCAGAGGGAAACGUGGGGGAGGCUUUUGAAUUGUUUAACACUAGACGGAUUGAUGGAAAAAGGGAAGGUGCAGAAGCCGGUUCUGAAAGAGAGGUUCAAGAAUUUCAGCGCAAUGUUCGAUGAAAUUCACCGGACUCAAUCAACUUGGAUCGUCAGUGACGACCAACUUCAAUCGGAGCUUAAAAUUUCGAUAUCGGCGGUUGUUAUUCCGGCUUACAGAUCGUUUGUGGGAAGAUUCUCACAGUACCUAGAUCCAGGAAGGCAAACGGAGAAAUAUAUCAAGUACCAGCCAGAAGAUAUAGAAACUUACAUUGAUGAGUUAUUUGAGGGGAAUAGGAAACCAUAAUUUCCACAUGGAUGCACAGACCCUAAACACAAAACAGAAACAAUUAAGGUGGUGAAACUAUUUUUGUUUAUGAAGCCACUGUAAUUGGUGAUCCCUGAAGCUGGUUGCAUGAGCAUGUGCAGAAGCAAGAAGGGCUGAGUGGUAGGAUUUAAAUAUACUUUUGUUUCUGCGGUACUUCAUGGGAGUCGAUUCGAGUUGACUCGGGGAAAGUAGCUAGCCAUUUUUGGAUUCUGUUUUUUCUUUUAUAUAUAAAUUUUGCUUGUUCUUGCAUUUUAAAUUUAUGCGAUGAACCAAGAAGAUGAUGGUG